GGGAAGGAGAGCUGUCUGAGGCCCGCGGCCUGGUCGCGGUCGGUCUCUGAGGCUCCGGAAGGCGCAGUUUGCGGGACGCUGGCGCGGGGUCCCCGUCGCAGAGCCGAGAGCCUUGCUUGCGCGGGCCGAGCUCCGCCUUCCACGCUCGGUUCUCCGCGGGCCCUGCCGUGAGCCAUGUCUCAGGGGUCAGUGACAUUCAGAGAUGUGGCCGUAGACUUCUCCCGGGAGGAGUGGGAAUGGCUCCAGCCUGCUCAAAGAGAUUUGUACAGACAUGUAAUGUUGGAGAACUAUGGCCACCUGGUCUCACUGGCAGGUCUUAACAUUUCUAAGCCAGAUGUGGUUUCCUUACUGGAGCAAGGGAAAGAGCCCUGGCUGGGGAAAGAUGCGAGCAGAGGUCUGUUUUCAGCUUCACCUGCUCGGGAUCUCCUGUUACUCAGGAAGCGUCAGGAACGAGGAGGGCAUGGAGGCCGAGUUGCUAACUGUCCGGUCUCACACACUGGUGACCUUCAAGGACAUACUUGUGAACUUCACGAGGGAGGAGUGGAAGCUGCUGGACCCUGCUCAGCAGCUCAUGUACAAAGAUGUGAUGUUGGAGAACUACAGAAACCUGAUGUCCUUGGGGCAUCAGCUUCCCAAGCCAGAGGUGAUCCUGCAGUUGGAGAAGGGGGAGGAGCCGUGGCUGGUGGAGAGAGGGAUUCACCAAGAGACCCAUCCAGGUGAGGACCAGACCGCCCGUUCCGGGCAGGAGUCCCUGGCGAGAGUGGUCACUAGUUCUCCGCAUUUCGAAGAUUUGGAGACUGCAGUUGAAGUUAAAUCAUCAACUUCCAGUAAGAGCAUUUCUAAAGAUAAACACUCCUGUGAUGUUAAAAUGAAAAGAAUGGCAAAGAGUGAUCUCUGGUAUUUGUCAUUGGAAGAAGUCUGGACACGUGAAGGUCAGUUGGACAGGCCCCAGGACAGCCAGGAGAGACAUCUGAGGCAAGUGGCAUUCACCCAAAAGAAAGCACUUCGUCAGGAGAGAGUCUGUGAAAAUGGGAAAUAUGGGGGAAACUGUCUUCUUCCUUCUCAGCUAGCACUGCGAGAGUAUUUCCAUAAACAUGACUCACAUCCUAAAAGUUUAAAACAUGAUUUGGUUUUCAGUGGUCAUCAGGAAAGUUAUGCAAGCAACAGUAAUGACUCUGGUCAAACCUUCUGUCAAAACAUUCACCUUCUUCAAUUUGCAAGAACUCAAGCAGGAGAUAAAUCGUACAGAUGCCCUGAUAACAACUCUCUUACUCAUGGUACAUCCCUUGGUAUAUCAAAGGGUACGCAUAGAGAGAAACCCUAUGAAUGUAAGGAAUGUGGAAAAUUCUUCAGCUGGCGCUCUAAUCUUACCAGGCACCGGCUUAUUCAUACUGGAGAAAAACCCUAUGAAUGUAAAGAAUGUGGAAAAUCUUUCAGCCGGAGUUCUCACCUCAUUGGACAUCAAAAGACUCAUACUGGUGAGGAACCCUAUGAAUGUAAAGAAUGUGGGAAGUCCUUCAGCUGGUUCUCUCACCUUGUUACCCAUCAGAGGACUCACACAGGAGACAAACUGUACACAUGUAAUCAGUGUGGAAAGUCUUUUGUUCACAGCUCCAGGCUUAUUCGGCACCAGAGAACUCAUACUGGAGAGAAACCGUAUGAGUGUGCCGAAUGUGGGAAGUCUUUCAGACAGAGCACGCAUCUCAUUCUGCACCAGAGAACCCAUGUUAGGGUGCGGCCCUACGAAUGCAGUGACUGUGGGAAGUCUUACAGCCAGAGGUCUCACCUUGUUGUCCAUCAUAGAACUCACACUGGACUGAAACCCUUUGAGUGCAAAGACUGUGGAAAAUGCUUCAGUCGAAGCUCUCACCUUUUCUCACAUCAGAGAACCCAUACUGGGGAGAAACCAUAUGCAUGCCAUGACUGUGGAAAAUCCUUCAGCCAGAGUUCUGCCCUCAUUGUGCACCAGAGAAUUCAUACUGGAGAGAAACCAUAUGAAUGCUGUCAGUGUGGGAAAGCCUUCAUUCGGAAGAAUGACCUUAUUAAGCACCAGAGGGUUCAUGUUGGAGAAGAGACCUAUAAAUGUAAUCAGUGUGGGAUCAUCUUCAGCCAGAACUCUCCACGUAUAGUAUAUCAAAUAGCUCACACCGGAGAGCAGUUCCUAACAUGUAAUCAGUGUGGGACAGCACUUGUUAAUAGCCCUAACCUUAUUAGAUACCAGACAAAUCAUAUUAGAGAAAAUGCAUAUUAAUGUAAUAAAUAUGGAAUUCUUCACAAAGAGCAAUAACUUUUUUUAGCAUUGGAGAACUCCUUCUGGAGAAGAGCUGCUUUCAGUCUUGUUACUACCCUUUCUUGCACUAGAGAAUUGGUCCUGGAGGGGGAAAAACACACAAAUUUCACCUUAGUAUAUCAGAUUGUCUUCUUUUCCCAAAUUCCCGCAAAAGUAGUUGGCCUGGGAGCCUUCUUCACCCAGCGUUAAAUGCUAAAAUCUGAGAAGGAACCAUUAAGUAAGUGAGUUAUUGAUAGAUGAUCCAGCUUUGUUUCCUUCAAAAAAAUAAAUGAGAGCGCUACCUUAAAAAGGCAAAUAAAUGAGAGUUGCUGCUGAGGGGAAUAAAAAAUGGGUAUAGUUAUUGUAACAAACAAUGGAAAAUGAUAUUGCAGUGAGUUAAGAUGCCAUUUUUUACUUGAUUGUCCCUCUCUCCUGGGACACUUUGUAGUGUUUAGUCUGUUUUAUGUGUCUGAUAUAAACCACAUUUUGGCUAGCAGCAGGGAAAAUCUUAUCAUGUGAGGCAGAGAAGGAAGAACACAUUUACUACUAUUAGUACCCAGUUUAAAUAUAUUUGCAUGUGGGUAACAAUUGAAAACGUAUCUAUGGAUAAAUGAACAGAAUUGACUUGUUAGAUAAGGGAAUUAUGAGUGAGUUUUAUAGUCUAUUAGGUGUCACUGUAAUAAUUAUUUGAAGACGCUUUUAAAUAUUAAAAAAGGAUAUCCAGUUUCUCCUAUUCUACCAUCAAGAAAGCUUGAGAACCUCCUGCUAGCAAACUUUCCCAUUAAUUCUAAGUUGUUUGGGGUCAUAGAGUUGUGCUUCUUGGGACAGGCUGCUAAAGACUCUUGGGAGGUUAAACACAAUGAUCCUCUGGCUGUUGGGACCUAAAGGAGCAUUGAGUACUUGAACACGCCAGGGAGAGGCUCCAUUUGAGCGGGAGCAGGUACCCGGGCAAUACUUGGAGCAAGUAUGCUCCUAAAAUAGACACAGCACUGCUGUAUCUUUAUGAAGAAAACAGUGGUUAAGAGUAUACGUCUGAGCUGGGCUCCCCAAGUUGAACUCCCACCUCUGUCCUUCCCUUGCUGGGUGAACUUGGGCAUGCUGCCUAGCUGCUCUGUGCCUAACUUACAGAUGUCCUCCUCUGCAAAUUAGGGAUAACAUUACUUACCUCAUGGGAUCGUGGUGAGGAGCAAACAAACACAUAAAGAAGAACAUGCCUCAUAUGUAUGAAGUGCUUUAUUACAUUAGAUGUGAUUGUUAACAUUACAUUAUUGCCCCACCCUAGUGUCUGUCAUUCACUUUAAACUGAUCAAUUGCCAGUAAGAACUGAUGGAGUUCUCACUUCCCUUCCAGUCACACAUGUCUUCCCUUUUACCUGCAUCAGAACUUACCAACCAAGGAAAUCACUGACCCAUAGUGGGUAUAUGGAUGCAUUCUGAGGAUCAGUAAACAGCUUUUAAUAUUGCAUGCAAAAGCAUUCUCUUUGUAUGGAGGUUUUCCCUUUAAGAGAGAGGAACCUAAUCUUCAGAUUCUCUGGUAAGUCCAUGACCCAAAAAAUAUUUAGAAAGAGAAUCUGUUUUAAUUCUCUGUUUCAUUCUGUAAAUGGAUCUUGUGUGUGUAGGGACUGACCAUUAUUUGCCACUUUCCAGCAAACAAUGUGUAUACGUUAGAUGCUCACUGAUUGUUGAAUGAUAUAAAGAUUGUUGAGAAUAACAGGGCGACGACCUUGCUGUCUCUCCCAGGACUAAUCUAGAAAUGCUUGUUAGACUCGAGAGACCUGAGAACUGCAGGAGCAAGAGGCCACAGCUCACUCUUCUGGCACAGUUGGGAUGAAGGCCUCACGUUUUGAGAACCUCCUGGCGCCUCAGUUAUGGCUGAGUAACUCCUCAGUGAUUACACACCAUUCACGUAUGUAACGUACUCCUACCAGAAGUGGUUUUCAUUACAAGCAGUGGUUCUCUGUGGGCGUAAAAGAGGAGCCCCGUAGCUGGGCCUCUUAGAAUUUCCGAUAACCUAUGGCUCAGUUUUCCUGAACUGUGUAGUGGAGAUACUGCUGGUACCUAUGUCCGAGGAUAGUUGUGUGGAUUAAGUGAGAUACUGUGUAAAGUACUUGAAACAGUGCCUGGCACAUAGGAAGUACUGUAUGUCUUAGCUAUUAAUAAUAAUAAUAUUACUAUUAUUAACACCCUAAGGAAUGUACGUCUGUGGAUGAUCACUGAAACAGUACUUAUAAUACUGCAAAAUUUGCAAUAUUAAAAAUGUAUAAUAGAAAAUUUUUUAUUUAUAGACAUUAAGGUUACACAAACAGAAAGCUUGGUAACAUGAAAAAUGUCCUUGUGGUAUACAAAAAAAGCAUGAUAAAUAAUUGUCAAUACCGAGUAAGCUCAGAUAUGUAUAAAUAAAUGAAUUUCAAAAAACGGAAAUGAAUCUUGCUCAAAACUCUAAGGAGAUUUGUCAAAAGAUCAAUAGCAAUUAACCUACAUAUUGGGAGAAUUGGUGUUUGCUUUUCUUUUCUUUUCUUUUUUUUUUUUUUUUUUGUACUUUUCAAAGUCUCUUCGGAGAAUAUGUAUUACUUUUAGGAUCAGGAAAACAAUCUUUUCAGUGAUGGAAUAUUUUCUCUUCAAAAGUUCUUGUCUACAAAUAAGCUACUGGAACUUUAAUAAGGGAAUUUGGCAA